ACCCGCCAAUAAACACCAAAGAAAAAGUCGAGGACAUGUUAAGCUAGUAGCAGAACCGGACGGCGUGUUUUCUGCUCAUCACAUUUGUCGAACUGCAGCUACGAAAAGGCACAUCUGAUUGUUUGACUGUAAAAAGAAGAUCAGAUUUAAAUCUGGUGAAAUGAGCCAAAGUGACCAGUUUCCCCUUGACUGCAAGGUUUAUGUUGGAAAUCUAGGAAACAAUGGAAACAAGACCGAGUUGGAAAGUUCCUUUGGGUACUAUGGCCCUUUAAGAAGUGUUUGGGUCGCCAGGAAUCCCCCAGGCUUUGCUUUUGUAGAGUUUGAAGACCCCAGAGAUGCAUCCGAUGCUGUGAAAGAACUGGAUGGAAGAACUAUGUGUGGCUGCCGAGUGCGUGUCGAGUUAUCCAAUGGGGAAAAGCGGUCAAGGAGCCGUGGCCAUCCUCCGUCCCAUGGCGGUAGCAGACGCCCUCGAGAUGAUUUUAGACGACGUAGUCCUCCAGUCAGACGCAGGAGGAGGAGCCGCAGUCGCAGCAGGUCUCUUUCAAGAGAUAGAGGCAGACAGCGCUCUGUGUCCAGAGACAACAAGAAGGGCCCAAGAUCAAUCUCCCGGUCAAGGAGUCGUUCCAGGUCUAACGACAGAAAAUGAGGACCCCAAGGCGAUGGUUCGUGUGCGGGAUCUAGCUAUGGUUGGGGAAAAUACCAAUUUUUAUAGUCAUGUCUUUCUUUUCUCUAGGGUUGGCCAAGUUACUUGUGUAAUACCAGUCUGUUGAAUUAACAACAAUCUGAUGUCUUUUUCUCCUAUAGCGAAUUCUCUUCCCCCGCAUGUUAUGAAAUACUGGAUUUAGUUUUUACAUUGCCAUCCUGUUUUUUAACUGUUGAAUUAAAACUCAUGUGAUGUUUUUAUUUGUUUUUGUUUCCUUUUUUUAUUCUUGGUUGACUCUUUAAUUACUGGCAAUGAGUUAAUGUGAGACAUACCAUUAGAGGGGCUUAUGUUAUGACAGAAAUCAGACUGGCAACAAAAUGUUGAAUACUGGUGCUGUUAUUUGCAGGCUAUCCUUGAAGCCAAAAACAUAAUCUGUAAUUCUGUAUUUUACUUGUCAUUUUUGCAACAAAAUGCUCUAUUCAACUUUGCUUGACUCUUGACAAUUUGUGCUGCAGUUAAGAAAAUGUGUUCAAUAAAUGGUUUUCCAAGGUGAAGCCUA